AUGUCAGCUUUCUACGAUUUAAAGCCGUUAGAUAAAAAAGGUGAACCAUUCCCAUUCUCAGAAUUAAAAGGAAAGGUGACAGUAAUCUUCAACACCGCUUCACGUUGUGGAUUUACGAAGAGUUUAAAAAAUUUCGAAGCUUUAAACAAACAAUUUGAAGGCCAACCAGUUCAAAUUAUUGCUUUCCCAUGUAAUCAGUUUGGUGGACAAGAACCAGGAUCAAAUGAAGAAAUUGCUGAAUUUUGUCAACUUAAUUAUGGUGUUACUUUCCCAGUUUUAGGUAAAGUUGAUGUAAAUGGAGAUAAAGCUGAUCCAGUUUUUAAAUAUUUAAAAUCUCAAAAAUCUGGUUUAUUGGGUUUAACAAGAAUUAAAUGGAAUUUUGAAAAGUUCUUAAUAGAUAAAAAUGGUAAUGUUGUUGAAAGAUAUAGUUCAUUAACUAAUCCGGAAGAUCUUGCUCCAAAAAUUGAAGAAUUAUUAAAAAAAUAG